AUGAGCACUUCACAUGGUCACUUUACUCACUCAGCAGCCCCGACAGUAUUAUUUGACAGUCACGAGGAUGAUGUGAGCAUGGCUACGACAAGAUCAAACCAAAUGACAGCUAGUUUUAGAAUACUUACACGAUCUCGUGCUGCUACAACGAGUUCAAAGAGUCAGGCGACUGAAGUCCUAAAAGGAAGAACUAACAUGACUGCAGCAGUAGACAUUUUUUGUGAGGAUCCGAUUAUUACCGAGAAGUAUCAGGUGAUACGAGUCUCGGAGCAACGCCAUGAUGAUGUCCCUACUCCUCAAAAUAUUAAAUCUGCAAAAAAAAUUAUGCCAGAAGACCAUGCGCUACCUGCUGAAUCGGCAAAUCCGUUUAGCCCAAUUUCAAACAGUGGUAUGAAUCACUCACAGACACUGACAACCCAAGAACUCAUGAAAGAAAAAGUCGAUGAAGAUGAAAAGGAAGACCAAGAUCACCAGCAAGAAAUGACAACAUCUGAACACCAAGAUCGCUCCCAAUCACCAAAGCAAAGCAUGUUUGGAAUUAAUUGUUGGUCAUGUUGUGGUCACUCAUAUCCGAACUGGGUUUUACGCUUGUGCACUGGCUUGGUACUGGUACCGACGAUUGUUUGUGGCUUACUUUUUUGGCCGAUAGUGGCCGCAUCAAUGCUUACGACAAUACUGAUGUCUAUCUGCACUUACGAGCAUGCAUGGUUGUCUCAUCGCAUUCACAAACAAUUACUCACAACUUAUCAGUGGUACGAAGGUAGUGAAGGAUCACCCGAAGCUGAGAAUGCUUGUAUUGAGAGUACUCGAUCCAACGCCUCAGCAGUCUGUGGGUACGUGAAAUCUGAAGACCGAGAUUUAAAUCACACGUAUUUUUCGACAGCUUUCACUCAAUCAAUGCCAUCAAUUCCAACCGGUACUAUGAUCUGUUCAGACGAUGGUAAUAUGACGUUUAUGAAUGCAAAUGACAAGGAUAGUUUUGCCGAUCCGGUGGCAGAAGCCGAAGCGAUGACGUGUUCCCAUCCACCUUCUGCUAUCCAUUAUCUAGAUUUCGAGGCUUCGCGAGGUAUCUUACUAGAAACGGCAAAUGCCGUGUUUUGUGGAAAUUUGUGGCUCGCACGGAUUGUAAUAGCUGUCUUGUGUACUAUUUCUUGGGUUAUCGUUUCAACUGUGCUUCUACCAUUAAUGGCGUUUCCAGUGAUUAACAUUCCAGACGAUCUCGCAUCUGCUACUUUUUAUUUUUGGGUGGUAAAUUUUGUCGCUGCACUCUGUGUGGUAAAUUGUCCCACUAUAUCAUGUGCAAUUUCAAUAGUGAUACAAAAAGCUGCUUAUGAAGUCCUUUUAUUCAAUACAUUGAACUGUCCAUUGGUAGCUUCAAUGGAAUGCAGUGCAAGUCCUCUGACAUCCAUCCAAACCUUACUCUUAGGCGCAAUGGCAAUUAUACUCGUACAUGCACUCACCGCGCAUGGACCUGCUAAUCUCGUGGUUGCAGUAACCCUUGAUUUGCUGGGUUACGUUUAUGUUGCAGGAGCGUUGGGUUUGCUUGUCUCAAUGAUAGACCCAAGCGAUUCGAGCGACACUUGGGCGACAAUUUGGCUUGGUAUGCUCAUUGCAAUGUGGAUGGCACAGUUUGCUGGUUACGUAUGCGAUGUGAUCAUGUACCGUUUACAACUUCCUCAUAUAAAGCUACUACCAUCGCAUAUUGUUGUGACAUUAAACGUCGAGGCUUCGCUAUGUGGUAUGGUGGUGGGCAGCCUAACAUUUGUCGUUGGGGGAUUUGCGCUGAACGCACCUGGCGGUGUUGUGCCCAAAAUACUAUUUUCAAUUGCUGGUGUGAUGAUGGCACAAUUUGGCCAAAUGUUACUCUUGUUGAUAAAAAAAGCCGCCAGUGUUCGCUGGAGUGGUCGUCUGAUGCCAGGUUUUGGCGGUCUAUUGGACGCCUCGCACGCGAUGCUCUUCGCGUCUGUUGUAUUUGUCAAGUAUUACUUUCAUGUCGUGGCACAAGCGACUGAUAAUAUGGUUGAAAGCGGUAGUAUCAGCAUGGAACUAUAA